CAUAUAAUAUGUUACCAUAUUUUGGCGGUAGUGGUUUUGCGAAAAAGAAAUAAAAAACAUUUUGUGGCUUUUGCUGGGUAUAAAAACACCCUGUUGAAUAGCGAAAAGGUAUCAGUUACAUUCAGCUGUCAAACAACAUCAUCCAAACAACAUGCAGAUCCUUAUUGUCGCUGCUUUGAUGGCCAUGGUCGCUUGCCAGUCAACUUACCAUCAACCAAGCUACUUACCUUAUCCGCAAUACAAACCGGAGCAUCACGCUCCUGCCUAUAAACCUGAGUACUCAGCUCCUGAUUAUAAACCAGAUUACCCAGCUCCUUCCUACAACCCAGAAUACCAAGCCUCUGCUUAUAAACCUGAAUAUUCAGCUCCUGCCUACAAACCUGAAUACUCAGCUCCUGCUUAUAAACCGGAACACUCAGCUCAAGCAUACAAAGCAAACUAUCAAGGACCAGCUUACAAACCCACCUAUUCUGAACAGAAACCUGCUUACUCUGAAUACAACAAACCAGCAUACCAGGAGCCAACAUAUUCCUACCAGGCACCAUCCUACAAGCCAUCCUACAAUGAACCAGAAUAUAAACCGGAAUAUAAACCGGAAUAUAAACCGGAAUAUAAACCAGAAUAUAAACCUUCUUAUCCUGAAUACCAACCCUAUUCUCCAGCAAAGUAUCCUUCGUACCCCAAUUAUUAAGUGUUGAGUAAAAACAUGUUUCAAACUGUAUGUCAUUUGAAUUUAUCUUGAAAAGUUUUCUCUUUAUGUUUUACCAAAUACAGAGUUUAUCACAAAGAAA